CCAUCAAUUUUGAGAGAGAGUCUGAGAGUCAUCUCAUUUAUAUUAAAUCCCACAAAAUCCAGGCAUCACCAUCCCCACUUCCCCUCUCUAAAACCAAACUAAAGCGCCCUCGAACUCCAAACUAUUGAUGGCCUUCGGCAGAGAGGAAGAAACGCCAUACCUCUGCGUUGGGCUUGGGAUGCUACGCCACUGCAAUAAGCCUUUACGGUCGGGCACAUGGAGAAUCUUCCACAUCCCGGACAAGCCACCCAUUUCUCCCUAUCAACAACCGACCGUGAAUGUAUAUGCUUCACCCAUUGAGCCAAAGCUCACCAACACCAUUAUAAGGCGAUUAAAUCAAUUAAUGCCCCUGGAAAAUAUGCGGCAUGUGAAACGAAUACAGAAGAAGUUGCUUGAAGGAGGAAAAACUCAGUUGUCAGUGAUCUUAUGUCUAGCUGGUGAAAAUGAUGGCCAAUUGAACAACAUCCCUCAGGAUGUACAAGAGCUUAUCAAUUCGCACCAUUUGCGUCCUUUUAUCACGAAAGUGUGUAAAUAUGCUGCAUCAUCAAAAGAAGAAUGGGAAGAGCAAUGCAAGCUGUGGCCAACAUCAUAUCAUCCACCAACUUACAAUAUUGAUGGUAUUACUGGAUUCAGUGAAGAGGCCUCACAAUCAAUUUUUGGCUUCAUGAAAUUUACUGUUGAGUUGGCAAAAUCUGGUGAUGGUUCGAUAGUAAAUGCUGCUGUCAUAGUAGAUCCUUCGGUUAAGCAGGUGAUUGCAAGUGCAUGUGAUCAGGUUUGCUCUUGCAGUUUUAGUAUGACAAAUAGCAUGGAAAGCUGCUCGAAGAAUCAUGAAGGAUUGAGCAUCCAUCCUGGUUCCAAUGGAGUAGUAGGCAGCAUAGCAUUGCCUUCAAAUGGUUCAGAUAAUGAAAACAAAGGGUCAUAUGCUGGUGUUUCUUGUUUGAAUCCUUGGCAGUGGGCUCAUCAGAAGUCACAUUCAACUUCUUGUAAUUGGCAUCCUCUAAGACAUGCUGCCAUGGUUGCCAUUGAAUCUUCUGCUGCACAAGACAGACGCCUCUACCCAAAUGUGAGACAUGAAGGAGAUAAUUCUAUUCCAGUGGAUGGUAUACAGUCUUCUUCCACAGAUGCUCCAGCAAAAAGACAAAAGACUGACCUUCCAAAUGUUCAGAAUGCUGAGGAAUCCGAAGCUAAUUCCAAUGGUUCUUCUUCCUCAUCGGCAAGACCUUAUUUAUGCACUGGAUAUGACAUCUAUCUUGUUUGGGAGCCUUGUGUAAUGUGUGCAAUGGCACUUAUCCAUCAAAGAAUUAGACGCAUAUUUUAUGCGAUACCAAAUGACAAUGCUGGUGCAUUGGGCAGUGUUCAUAGACUACAAGGCGAGAAAAGCUUGAAUCAUCACUAUGCUGUGUUCAGAGUGUUCCUGCCUGAAGAAAUACUCGAUAUGGUUUAACCUCUAGCUGCAAAGGACUGUGACGAAUUAUAGAAGUCCAACUGUUGUCUGUCAACAGGAUAGGUGAGAAUCUGAAUAUGGCUAAAGAUUACUAUGAUCCUGGAGAAAAUCUUGAUGCAUAUUGUAAUCCACUGGACCAGACUGAUGAUGUUACCAAGAGGAGCAUUUCUGGAACCUGAAUUGUAUUCCUGUAGAACCUGCAUAAUUUAUGUCAUAGCAUUGUUUUUCUCCUUUUGAAAGUAUUACUGGUUUAGAUUUGAUCAGAGUUGUUCAAUAUUGAAUUUGAACCCUAAUUGAGCGAGAUGAGUUUAACUUGAUUCAAA